UUUAUGUGACUGUUAGCUUGACUUGAUUGGCUACUGUAACGCUAGCCUGUAUGAGUAUUAGCAAGGAUGCUCGGUCUCUGGUAUUAGUGACCCAUAGACAGAGAGUGCAGCCUGGACGAAGAUUGAUAAUACAACGCUGUCUUGUAUGACCAUAAUUACACAAUUAUUCGCCUGAUAUAAGACUUACUUUCUUUUUAAAACAACAUUUUUACCACUCGGGAAUCGUAGGCUGUUUAUAUGGAAAUAUGAUUAGCUGUCACAGUAUAACGGACGUAAAGCUAGACAGUUUGUGGUAAAACGCAUUUUACUUUUUCUUUUCUUUUCCGUUGCUGUUGGGAAUUUAGUUCAAUGCGUAUGGUGCUGAGAUAUAUCGUGCCAUUCUGAAAGUGCAGGGACGGUGGACAGACGUCGCUCCGUGAUGGAUAAUGCCCAUACUAAGACGGUGGAGGAGGUUUUGGGCUUCUUCACUGUCAAUGAGUCUACAGGUCUGAGCUGUGAGCAGCUGAAGAAGAACAGGGAGAAAUGGGGAACAAAUGAAUUGCCAGCCGAAGAGGGGAAGUCACUGUGGGAGCUGGUCCUGGAACAGUUUGAGGAUCUGUUAGUUCGAAUCCUGCUGCUUGCUGCGUGCAUCUCCUUCACCCUGGCGUGGUUCGAAGAAGGGGAAGGGACGAUCACAGCCUUUGUUGAACCCUUUGUCAUCCUCCUCAUCCUCAUCGCCAAUGCUAUUGUGGGAGUGUGGCAGGUAAACAGUGUGCAGGUUUAGUGGAUUGUCAAUCAU